AUAAAAGUCGCUCCUCUUUGUCUCCGAAUUCCCAACUCAUUCUCCCUCCAUCAACAAGCACAUUUCUAGCUAUUUUAACAACUCUUCAAACAGCACAUCACCACCAACAAAUCAUUAAUAUGAAUUCUUUCGUCACAAGGUCAAGUCCGUGACCAGCGGCGCCGGCAAGGGCGAGAGCGAGAGAAACAAGGAUCUCCUCGAUAAGGGUACGUGAUAAAAAAUUCUUGUCAUGUCAGACCGGCAAGCUAUGAGCUCGAGAGCUCUGGAAUGCCUGAUCCAUCCCAUACAGCUAAGAUUGUUGCACGCCUCCAUACCUCCAGUCAAGGCUCAUCCGAGAAUUUUGGCUCACCCAUCCCCAUGUACGAUGGGAUACUCUGUCACGUGAAUGGAUGGGAAAAGGGUUGGGUUGUCUUAUUUUCCCGAAUGCUGUGGCAGGCUUACUUGCUUGACAAGUCUGUUAACGGCUGCUGUCACGCGGACGCUAACCCAUGUGGCCCCGAGGCUGCUCGGUGAUUUGGAUAAGUCUCGCGGUGGGCUCAGGC